UGAUCUUCUGAAAUCUAUCAUGUUCAAACAUAUCCUUCAUGUCAAUUAUCUUUUUUUGAAAGAAAGAAUGUCUGUCUUUUUUUGAGGAACAGAAAGAGAGCUGUAAAAUAGAGACUUUCACAAGCUGUUUAAAGGACACUAUGACUGUACUGUACGGAUACAGUUCUGCUGCUCCUCAGAUGUUCACAGACGUUAACUGUGACAGAGAACACACUGCAGCCCUCCACUAAUUUCUUCAUUGACUGUGGGACAUGUUAUACUUUAUUUACUUUUGGAACCAAACUAACCAUUAGAGAAUGACUUUGUAACCUUUUAAGUACCAUUCAACUGGAGCUGUUAGUCACCAAGGAGAAAGACAUCUGAAAUAAAUAAAGAAGAAGAAGAAAGGCUCCAUACUGUUUGCAGCACUCCGACGGAUGUUACUGUAUCAAACCAACUUUCUACAGAUUUCAACCGGAUCCGAACAAUCAUCUCAGUAGAUUUUACUGUUGUUGGGAGAGAUGAGAGCCAUGUUUUCCCUGUUCCUGUUGAUUCAGAGUGUUAGUGGAUGGAUGCAUCCUAAAUGCCACGUUUAUAACAGUGGGGAAUACCUUCCCACCUGGAACUACUGUCCUUUGGCAGAACAGUAUACUGCUGCCUGUCGAGAUGUCACAGCCGUCGAGGAGGAUCUGCUUGAACUUCCCUCUAAUAUCAAUACCCUCUGCAUAUCUAUGAAACGUGGGGAAAAUAGUUCCAUGUCUCUGGGCUUUUUCGCUCGUUUUCAGUAUUUGGAGUAUCUGUACAUUGGAGGCUGUUUUCCUCAAAUCCUUCCAGCUGGGAAUAGCCAGGGCCUUCAAAAUCUGCAACAUAUGCACAUUAAUGGAUUGGUCACUGGGUGCUGUGAUUGUCAUAUUGGGCCUAACACAUUCAGAGAUCUAGUCAAGCUAAGUAAGUUGACCAUAUUUGGUUAUAGGCUAUCAGCAAUGGCACCAGAUGUUUUCCAUUACAUACCUCAAUUACAAAGUGUCUAUAUUAAUGAACCCUGUGUAGAGAAUUUGUCAGAAAUACUAUGCAGAGUAGUUCAUAUAAUUUCACUUACAAAGUUAAAUGUACAUGCACCAAAUAUACAAUCGUUAAACCAAUCAAACUGCUCCAUCUUAAAAGCUACCGAAAGCAAUCUGACAAGCGUCAAUUUAAAUUUCGGUCAAAUAAACCAUAUAGAGGAAGGUGGACUGGCCUGUCUCCAGAACCUGACACGUUUUUCUGGGGGCCUAAACCAGGAUGUCCUACUGCACCUUCCCCUGUCUGGCAUUAAGCAAAUCCAGGUCUUGCAUUCCUCUGGUGGGAAUAGCAUUGAUUUUGAAAGUAUCUGUAAUGUAGUGUUUUUGCUUUCAAUCAAGGAAAUACAUUUUGCCAAUGUCAAUACAAGCAGCCUCUCCAUGUCCAGUGUUGAAUUGUGCAUUGGGCUGGAAUAUAUGGGGUUUGAUGGACCUGGACCCUUCCAUUCUUCUCCCCAUUUGAAAUUGAAUUUUAUUUCCGGUCUCAAAAACCUUAAAAUGUUAUAUGUAUCUGGCCAGACAGAAAACAGUCUUGACCUCUGCUCAUUCCGAAAACAACCAAUCACAUGGUUAACAGAACUCACUUUCAUGUCGAGCAAUGUACAAACGCUUUUUGCAAAACGGUUCAGCUGUCUUGAGAACCUGCGGUCUCUAGAUUUGUCAUGUAGUUUCAUUUCAAACAUUGAAGACUUUGCUUUCUUCGGAUUGGCAAAUCUGGAGUCCUUAGACAUGACGCAAAAUAGUAUAACCCAGUUAUAUGCAAACACGUUUAUUGGUUUACAUAGUUUGACAUUGUUAGACCUCAGGGAAAAUCCACAGAUCUACAAUAUUGAGGCAAUGUCUUUCGCACAACUUACGUGUCUAAGACGAGUGUUUCUGGGGUACUUGAACUAUCCACCAAGAGAACCCGUGAUAAAGCUGAAUCUGACACUUGCAUUUGGUGACGUUCUGAGUCACCUGACUCAUCUGCACAUUAGUUCAGGUAUGAGGCCAAUGCAGUUGAUUAUUGGCAGUAACAUCACAUCUAAACAGAACCUGAGUCUCCAACUCAAAGGCCAGACAGUGUCAUUUGAAGACUGUGACAGACCCUUCUUUCAGUCUGUAACCCAUCUUCAUGCUGAUGCUGAAGAAUUCCUCUGUGGAUCUGAAUUCAUGGGAAAGUACUUCAGGUCUGUGGAGACAUUUGUGUACAGAUCAAAGCUUUCAGCUAAAAGUGUGGACUUAACAUCAAUGAAUCAGCUCAUUCACCUGAGGAAACUGACUCUAGUACAGGUGGAUCUUUUAAUACAGCGUUCUGCUGACAUCAUUUUUCACAACCUGACCAAACUGGAGGUUCUGAAACUUUCAAACUGCAGGAUUGACUCUUUGGAGGGGGGUUUAACUAAAGACUUUAAAUCCUUGAAAACCUUAAAUUUGCGUAUUGAGAACGUUUAUCAUGUAAUCUACAGCUUUACUGAACCUCUCUCUAGCCUAAAGUAUUUGAUACUUGAUACAUUACAGAUUUUUUGCAGUUGUGACAAUGCUUGGCUCAUUGCAUGGGCAAAGGGGUACAGGCCGGUUGAAGUGAUCAUGCUUAAUCAUGAAGUUAUGUAUAAUUUAGAGGACUUGAUAUGCUUGUCAGACAAUGGACUAGACACACCUAACUUUGUCAAGUACACAGAAGCCAACUGCACAGCAGAGGUGGGCUUUGUACUCUUUGCUGCAACUGGCCUGGGUGUCAUCUUCUUCAUGCUGGUGGUGCUGGUCCAUAAUCUGGCCGGUGCUUACCUCCUCCCCCUCUACUACAUCACCCUUGGCUGGCUGUCGGAGGCGUUGCGAUCAAACACCAGGAGGCGCUACCACUACGAUGCGUUUGUCUCCUACAGCGGAAAGGACGAGCGCUGGGUGGUGGAGGAGCUACUACCCAACCUGGAGAAGAGGGGUCCCCCUUUCCUACGCCUCUGUCUGCACAGCAGGGACUUCCAGCUGGGGAAGGACAUUGUGGAGAACAUCACAGACAGCCUCUACCGGAGCCGUCGCACACUCUGCCUGGUCAGUCGCCACUACCUGCACAGUAACUGGUGCUCCCUGGAGAUGAAGCUAGCCACCUCCAGACUGCAGGUGGAACAAAGGGACAUCCUCCUCCUGGUCUUCCUGGAGAAGAUCCCCCCUCGCCGGCUGUCUGCCCACCACAGGCUGGCUCGCCUGGUGAAGACCAGGACCUAUCUGGACUGGCCCCAGGACCCCCAUCAGCACCAGGCAUUCUGGGACAGAUUGUGGGCUAAACUGAAACCUCCAACUGAAGCCUGAGAUCAGAGGUUUAUGUAGAACCUUGUGUUAAUGCUGAGACAAAUAAUGUUAGCAGAUUUGUUGAGGUAUUGAAUUUGCAGUUAAAAGUCCUCUGUACUAAGAGCCUCCUGAGUGGCGCCGCGGUCUACGGCGUGCAUCGCAGUGCUUGAGGCGUCACUACAGACCCGGGUUCGAUCCCAGGCUGUGUAACAGCCUGUGACCGGGAGACCCAUGAGGUGGCGCACAAUUGGCCCAGCGUCGUCCAGGUUAGGGGAGGGUUUGUCCCAUCUCGCUCUAGCGACCCCUUGUGGUGGGCCGAGCGCCUGCAAGCUGACUCCUUGGGGCGGGCAGGCACCUGCAUCUUGGUCGCCAGCUAGACUGUGUUUCCUUCCUCCGCAUCAAAAAGCAGUGUGGCUUGGCAAGAUCGUGUUUCAGAGGACGGAUGGCUCUCGACCUUCGCCUCUCCUGAGUUCGUAGGGGAGUUGCAGCUUUGGGACAAGACUAUAGCUACCAAUUGGAGAGGAAUUUUUUUAAUGAUUUAAUAAUCCUCGGUACAAAACGUCUAUCGGUAUUUGAGGCUUGUUUAGACAAUUCUGAUUCCUUAAAUGAAAUAAGCAUGUUUUGUUUUUUUCUCUCCAAAUUCAACACCUCACUAACGCAUAUGUUUGUUUGUGUCUUUGUUGCUUAGAGGACCUGAAAAAGGCUCAUCCCUGGUUUUAUACUAUUUGUGUUGUUUAUCAGGGUAAAAACCAAUGUGGCCAUCUGCUGUAUGCUGCUUUGAAUGACAAUGCAUGAAUUACCAUGAACAAUUUAUUUUAAUUUCAACAUAGAUCAGAGGUUUGCACAUACAUUUAGUUGCUAGUUGUUUAACAAAUGUUUUGCCUGUAUAUGGUCUGCUACAUAUGUCAUUUAACAAUUCUUAACUCAUGGGUGUGGGGAGGUGAUUCCCUUUCUGGACAAUUGUUAUUUCUGCCCUAUAUUUGUGACUUGGCGGGAACCUUGUUUUAUUGAUUUAUUUGAUUAUUGAUAACUGUUCACAUUUAAGUACCUUACCGUGAUUGUUUUCAAUUAAAAUGGUCAAAAAGAAACAAAAAUGGUGUUUUAGCAAAUAGCAAUUUCUCAAGCAAGAAUUAGUGACGUCGCCAGGCAUGCAAAACUCCAUCCCACCAAAACAGGUUGAAAUUUCAAGCAAUCUUUUCAAACAGCUCUUACACUAAAAGGGCAUUAUCAUCACUUUCACAAAUUUACAGCAUUAUUCCAACCUCAUUGUGUGUAAAUAUAUAUAAAACACAGGAAAAACUUGCUUUUGACUGCGUUGGGCCUUCAAAAAACAAUUCCCCUUCCUCAGCAUAAGCAGAAGGAGUUAUCUAUAUUUUCAAUGACCACAGAGAACUGUCCUCUUAUCAGACCAGUUUUCAGCAGCUUGCCUAGACCAGCAAUGCACCGGCUAUGGUAGGCCACAGAAUAGGCCUGUUAUGGCUGUCGAGCCUCCAUUAUUAUGGUGUCUGAUGGAUAGUACAGCCUUAUCAGUAUAAGCCACAGAGAAGCAUCAUCCCUCAAGCUAGAGGUCAGGUCUUCCCCGGGAGUAACCUUGGCUAAGACCUGAAUAAUUUAUGUUAGCUCCUUGAGGCUUGAGCUCUGUGGGCAAACACAAGUAAUAGACUCGGGUUCAUACCCAGUUGGUCACAUCUCUCUAGCCACAAGUUAAGCCCUCACCAGGUCUUCCUAGUGGUCGUCCAGGGUGAAAGUUGCAGACGGGCCAGGGGGUCCCGUUCUUUAUCAAGGUGACUAUGGACUCCAUAGAGAGAAGGGGGAGACACACACAUGACAUUGUCACAGGGAAAGCCAGGGAGAUAAGACUGGAAAGCUGUUAAUGUUGACACUGCCUAGGUGGGUGGGUAGAUUUACAGAGGGGAGGGCGCGGCAGACGAAUCUCAGGAUUUCUGCUACUUUUUCCGCCACACAAUUUACAUCCGUCGUACUGUACAUUCCUAUAGAGUCGACCAGAUUCCUGUCAGUGAGUACAGUAUGAUAUCGACCCAGAGUGGAGUCUGUCGGCGAGCCAGAUUUUUUUCAUGAAGGUAACGCAAAGUAACAUAAAUAGGAAUAUAACUUGUUACUUAAAUGUAAUGAUUAAUAUGUACUUUUUCAAGUAACAAAUCCCAACACUCUGGUGGUAACUAGCGGGAAAUAUAUUACCUUUUCAAGUAACUAAUCCCAACACUGGUGGUCACUGUCUGGCAUAGCCUCAGUCAUAAAAUCUGAUUUUGAACCUAACCUUCACCACACUGCUAACUUUAUGCCCAACCUUAAACUAAAAGCAAAUUUUGGUUUUCAAACACGUUUUACUAUAUAGCCAAUUUUGACUUUGCGGCUGGCCCAUUUAACGGAAAACACUCAGCUGGGCCUCCAGGAGAAGAUUCAUCCCUAUAAACGUCAACCUGCAUAAAGGCAUAUGCUACAGGGCUUUGGAGAAGACUACAGUAGCAGAUAAUGGUGACAUACUUGAAGUGAAAUCCCAAAUUCAAGGACAAUAGGAAAUGGCGGCACUCCAAAAUGGUCAAGAAGACUUAGUGGCGGGAGGACACAUUGCUCUGUCUCCUCCCUUUCCACAUGUGGUGUGCGUUUGUGUGUAUGGGUAUGUGCGUGUAGCAUUAUAGCUGUGAUGUUCAUUGCUAAGAUCAUUUCCAAGAACUUCCUCUAUUUACAGAUGCCUGAUGAGCU